CCUUAUAUUCCAUCACGACUCCGUAGAUCUCUCACUAUACUGAUCCGCCGGCCCGUGGACGUCUAUUGAAACUAGAUCGUAGCAGGACAAUUUUCUGUCAGCAUAUUUUUAGGACCAAGAAAAAUUAUCUUUUGUAAAAGACCCUGCGUACGAAAAAAAUAAAUAAGAAGAGCAUUGAGCUUUGUUCUUUGAGCACGAAAUUCAAAAAUCUAACUGAAACAAAGGUAUUCAAGAGAAUUUUCUAAGGGAAAAAAUUUAAUAUGGAAUUGUUCGUUGGAUUGAUUUGCCUGCUGAGCUUUGUUUGUUCCACGGAGGGCCACGGGAGAAUGAUCGACCCACCCAUGAGGUCUUCGAUGUGGCGGUACGGGUUCGAUACCCCUAAAAACUACAACGACAACGAGCUAAACUGCGGAGGUUUUGUGGCAAUGAUGGAAAAGGCAAGUGGAAAAUGUGGAAUUUGUGGAGAUCCAUAUUUGGGAGCUCGUGAUAACGAGGCUGGUGGAAAAUACGCCCUCGGAAUCAUCACCAAACAGUAUAGAGUUGGCUCGGUAAUUAACGUCACCAUAGAACUGACUACCAACCAUAAAGGCUACUUUGAAUUUCGUCUGUGCCCUCAGAAUGACCCGUAUACCCCCAUCACCGAGGCGUGUCUAGAUAGACAUGUACUUAAUAUAAUGGGGUAUGGGAAGAGAUUUAUGCUCUACGACGAAAAAACUGUCAUGGUGGACCUACAACUUAUGCUUCCGCCAGGCUUGAAGUGUUCCCAGUGUGUGUUGCAAUGGAAAUGGAGAGCAGCACAAAACAGGGGAAUUGAUAAACAAACAGGAAAGGAAUGUUUUGGCUGCGGACCUCAGGAAUACUUCGUGAACUGUGCAGAUAUUGCAAUCGGAGACAAGGCCAUCAAUCGCAUCCCUAAGCCAGCAUCUAAGGCUACAAAGGCACCAGCUACAAAUCAACCAUACAAACCAAAUAAACCCAAACUAGCUGUCACCAGAACUACAAUCACAAGGAAAAAUAUUCCAAAAGCUGUACCCCAACAAAGUGUUGUUCAGCAGCAGUUUCAGCCAAAUCAAUACAAUGAAGCACCUUAUAACAAUGAAAACUUUCAGGAGGCUCUUGCUGAUCGCGUGUUCUUGGACCUCAUUGGUCAAAGCACAUUAUUUAUUGACCCGUCCUUGCAUUUUGACACUAUGAAUAACCAACAAGCUACACAAAACCAAUACAAUGUACCACCAUCUACAAAUCAAGCUUUCGGACCUGCAUACAAUCCGUUCUUUAACGAUUUUAUUACUCCAAACGCCCCUCCUCUGCUUAACUUUAAUGCUCAAGAUACCUCUAGACAACCGGGGCCUUCUACAUCGUCGCAGACUUCAGCAGUGGCAUCACCCGGACAGUUUUAUACCCAACAAUCUGUCAUGGCUGCUGCCGCAAUUUUGUCAACUCUUACGGGAGAAACCGGAAAUGAUAAUGCAUACAUAGAGUGUCCUGAAAGUGCGCAACCUACUUGUAAAGGAAACACAAUGUGGGGGGACGGAACCUCAAACGACCGUUUCUGUGCCUCAAUCUGUCCACAAGGACAUUGCCCAAUGGCUAUGUGUAUGUGCUCGUGUCCUGCUCGCAAACGUAUCAUUGUCAAAGGGAACAUGACACCAAGUAUUACAAGUCCAAAGUGCUUUGCUAUAGAUGCGUGGGAUCAAAACAUGAAUAAUUGGUGUGCAUCGAAUUGUAAGCCCAAUCAAAUGGACUUCUGUCCUUCCGAUAUGUGCACGUGCGAAAUGUGGGGACUGUAAAGACAGACAGCAAAAUUGAUGGUUACAACCAGUGUGAUUCGCAGUUGAUAUGUCAAUUGGAGUCAUCGACGGGAAAGCUAUCACGAUGAGGUUUUGUAGUCUCCGAUAUCAUGUCGGUGACUUUGCAAAUGCGCUUUCCAGAAAAGAAAUCCAUUCACAAAAAAAUAUUUAUUAUCUGUAAAAACUGAAAACAGUUGAAAGCUGAAUUAGCUAAAUCCAUACAAAUAUACAUGUACGUGUAAUAUAUAUUGAAAUGUUUCUGCAAGGAAAAUUAACAAUCUUUGAUUCUUUGCAACUAAUGUGAACAAUUACUUGUACAGUAACAUACAAGUGAAAAGUUACAAUGCAAGAACAAAGUUGCAAAUCUAUUUGUUUUUUACUAUAUUUAUCGUGUUUUGAUGUUGCUUGACAAAUAUACUCUGUGAAAUAAAAACUAAAAAUUCUA